GUCAUUCUUAGCAUUGAGAUGGUGCUGGGAAUUCUGGGAAAUGGCCUGAUCCUGAUUGUUAAAAUAAUGUGUAGGAAUCAAUAUCAGUGUGUUUACUGGCUCCCAUUUGUCAGUCUCACACUCUCUGACUUGUGUUGUGCCAUGCUGAUCAUGACCAGUUCUUUACUGGCUGUCCUGACCGGAGGUCAGAGUUCACCAUGGUGUGAGGUGGUCAGCCUGUUCAAGUUCACCUUCAUCACAUCCUCCAUUGGAAGCAUAGCUCUGCUCUGUGUCCAGCGAUAUACUGGCCUGCCCUCUACUAGAAGAUGCUUCUCUGUCAUCGUAAUAUUGGCAUGUUUGGCUACCUGGUUGUUAGGUGCUGUGUUUGGCGUGGUUCCAGUGAUCUAUGAUUGGGUUAGGUUUGACCCUGCAGAGAUGCUGUGUGCUGUGUUUUGGGAGAGCAGUUACUCCGACAUGAUGAUUUACAUCCUCUCCUCCUUAGCAGUCACGAUAUUCCCAUCUCUGCUGCUCAUUAUCGCCUGCUUCUUUUUAACUUGGGCUGGCUAUGGAAGAACUGUGCCAGUCAGACUGAUUUGUCAUCUGUCACGUCACUGUUGGUGGGAACUUAUCUGUUCUGCUAUACUCCUUUUGCUGUGUCAGAGCUGAUUCUUCUUGGGAGGCUGGAUCUGUCACCAUCUCCUGAGUGGCUGAGAACAU